UCGAAAAAGAGAAGAAAAUGGCUGCCCGGGUUGGAUGGAUAUGAGGGUGCUGCAAGGGCUGGGACAGAGGUUGACGAGGAGCAGCGAGAGAGGGCACAGUAAGACAGCAGGGCAUUGUGCUCGUACACCAGGCACUGGGAGACACAUUCAAACACAUUCACUUAUUCACACACUCACGCCGCAGUGCACACAAGCGCAUGCUUCUGCCCACUGCCGCUCAGACUUGCGCUGGCAUCUCAGAGGGCAGCCCCAUCUUCAGUCCAGUCCUGGGUGUCGAAGCUGAUCCACACAUCUCUCGGCUUCAGUUCACCUGACCUCUGAGAUACUAGCCUCCUCCCCUGUGGACUGCAGUCAAUUCUCAGGGCCGUCACCCACAGUCACCAGGUAUCCCAGCAGAUCUACAGAAGCAGAGGAGCUGUGACAACAACCUGUGGGCCAAGAGGAGCAGUGAGAGUACGUCAUUUGUGGAUACCUACCCUUGUCCUGCCAAGUUGAGCUCAACGACCGUCCAAAGACUGAAGAUCCAGCAGUGGAGCACAAUAUUUCCAGAACUUUGGACUGUUGCAUUUCUUUGUGGGACAAGAAGUGGGCCCACUGCAAGAAAGAAAGGCUGAAAUAAAACCAAGACAAAUUCUGACAUCUGAUUUAAACAACACCUUUCACCAUGGCAACCACAGGUAUGCAGUUGUUGGGCCUAAUCAUGUCCAUUGUGGGCUGGGUGAGCGGGCUGAUAGUCUGUCUUAUCCCCCUGUGGCGAGUCACUGCCUUCAUCGGUAACAACAUAGUGACAGCUCAGAUCAUAUGGGAAGGCCUGUGGAUGACUUGCAUCGUGCAGAGCACAGGUCAGAUCCAGUGUAAGGUGUAUGACAGCUUGCUGGCUCUGCCCAGCGACAUGCAGGCUGCCCGAGGCCUCACGGUGCUCUCCAUCCUGAUGUGUGGCCUUGCUUUGUCUAUGGGGGUCGUAGGAGUCAAAUGCACCAAGUGUAUCGGUGUAAACAGCCUAAAGGCCCGUGUUUCUCGAAUCUCUGGCGCCCUUUUUGCCAUAGCGGGGUUCCUCUACCUUGUGCCCAUCUGCUGGACGGCCCACUCCAUCAUCAGGGAUUUCUACGAUCCACACGUGGCAGCCCCACACAAGCGUGAGCUCGGCCCUGCUCUUUACAUUGGCUGGGGGGCAUCGGCCUUGCUCCUUAUAGGGGGAUCUCUGCUCUAUGCUGGGUCAAGUCCCCCAGGCAUGCCAGGUUCUCCCACCUUCAGCAGUGGAGAAAGUAGUCCUCGCAGAGCACCUGCCUCACAGGUCAAAGGUUAUGUUUAAAUUCCAAAAAUGUCCGAAUGCCUUUAAGUCCCCAAAAUACACCCCAGAUAUCUUUCGACCGACUUUGCUUCCUGUAAUUAUUUUAUAUUUAAUGUUAUUCCAAUAUGAUUUUGUUUUUCUCUCUGAAAAGCUGCAGGAGGCUGUUUGGUGAAAACUGAACUCAUUUCAUUAUUUCAUACCCGAUAUCAGUAACCUUUUUCUCUCUGUCUGUCACUGUAAACUACAAUAAAAUGUCCUCAAAAUCCUCCUCUGAGAGAAA